AUGGCAUUCUUCGGUCUGCCAGACCGCGAACUCCCUAGGGACGGGAAAGACGACAGGCUCGAAAAUCUUGCCGUCUACACAUGGGGCGAAGAGAGUUACGACGGCCUCGGUGAUGCCCUCCAGGAAGGCCGCGACGACCUGAACGACGAGACCUUUGGUACCGGACCCGUCGGAAAGGACUUCGACUUUGCAAAUACAGGUCUUCCGGACAUCCAUCAGGACCAACAUCGCCAAUUCUCACAACCACCUCUUGAGGCCCGCCAGGAGCAUCCGCAAAAAAGAGACAUAUUUUUUGAGCAGGAGCAGGCUCCAAUACCCCAACCCCAGACGACUCGACCGGCUCCAACGUCGCUCGAGUCUCUCUGGCAGGACCAUUCCGCCUUCUCCUUUUUGCCCCGUGUCAACGGUUCGACUCGCAUCAGCGACCAUCCUCGUGCAUCGCCUGCCCCUGCACAAGCCCAAGCAGCACGCUUCUCGCCUUUCGCUAAUAACAAUUCGCCUGUCGUAAGCCAUGCUGCCCCUCAGGGAAAUCAGUCUCAGAUCCGCGCGCGUACGCUGCAGGAUAUAGAGGCUGAGAUGAUUGCCAAUGCACAGCUGGCAAGGCAACGCGAGCGUGAACGUGAACGUGAGGAGUAUCUCCUGCAGCAGGAGGAAGAGCGACUGUUACAGCAGCAACAACAACUCCUCGUUCAGCAGCAGCAACAGCGUAUGCGAGAGGAGGAAGUCCGCCAGCGUCUACUGUAUCAACAUGAACAGCAGCAGCAGGCCCAGGUUCAGCGCUUAUUGAUGCAGCAAAGAGAACAAUUGCAACAGCAGCGCACUCCUCCUCCUCCUCGGAUGAUGCCUUCUUCACAAUCGCCCCGCUUUUUAGAGCAUCACCGCCACAUGCUGCUUCUUCAGCAGCAGCAGGAACUUCAGCAGCAGCAGCGUCUUCAGGAACUCGAAGAACAGCUUCGGCUUGAAGAAAUGGAACGUCGUAUGGUUGCCAUAAACAUGGAGAGGACACGAGCUGAUUCUCCAUACAACUCUCGCCGUACUGCUGGAUAUACGCCAGCUGAGCUUCAAGAAGCUUUGCUCAUUCAGCAAGCGCAAGAACAGCAACUUCAACAACAGCACUACCGCAGGCAAAGCUCGCGCUCUCCAGCCGUUGGUCAUUCUCAGUAUCGGGAAGGCUACCUCGCAACGCAUCAACUUCAGCAGAGGCUGCUUUCUGAGCUCCCUCAAAGUGAAGUCGCACGUGAAAUGCUUGCUGUCAAUUCUGCAGAACAGGAAGCUUUGAGGAUGGAAGCCAUGCGUAAGAUAGUCGAAGCUGAGAAGAUGGAAGAGAAACGUCGUCGUAAAGCCGCCAAAAUCGCCCAUAUGGCACGAUACAACGAUCUCAUGACCCAAUCAGACAAGGAUUUCAUUACUCGGAUUCAAGUCUCGCAACUCGUCACCCAGGACCCUUAUGCGGACGAUUUUUACGCUCAGGUGUACGGUGCUAUUCUCCGUUCAAGAAUGGGAUUACAGGCGCAGGAUGAACGUGUCCUCAAGUUUGGCUCUGGAGGAGGGAUUGGAUUAGGCUUGGCUUCCAAGGGCGGUAAUCGUCGGCCUAGCGCCAUGCAACGGAUGGAGCAGCAAGUUGAACGGAUCGUCAGCAAUGCCAGAAAAAGGGAAGAGGAAAAAGGGCUUCAUGCAAUCCAUAGCCUCCAAGGCGCUCUGGGCAAGACAUCAGGCCGAAGUUAUAAGGCUGCACCACGACAGCUCCUCCAGGUCGACGCCAGCGCAGGCGCCUCUCCGACACUGUCACAUGCUACUCCUCAUGCACAUAUAAGCAAGAGUUCAGGCCAUCACGAAGGCGCCGCGAAGGAGGCUGCUAAGCUGGGCCGCGAGGCAUUAGGCACUGCUGCAGAUACGGAUAACCUUGUGCGAAAGGAACCUCUCUCGCACCGUCGGGUAUUGGUAAUCUUGGAAGAGCUUUACGACAUUGUUCUUCGCGUCGAGCAGUUAAGGAGGGAUCAGCCUCUCCCUGAAGAUGUACAGUCGUGUGAGGAAUGGAAAAGAGAUUACGACCAACUUGUUGAUACCAUGUGGGAUGAGCUGCGUGUAAUGGUUCCGCUGGAAACAAGUGAUCCGCAUCCUUUUAUAUCGCUCCUCAUGCCAACCAAGGGAAAGAGGAUACUGCCUCGUUUGACUCGCAAUCUCAACAGCCAGCGAAUGCUCACUUUACUUACACUGCUGGUGGCAUGUUUCGGUCAACUCGAUGUGGUCAAGCAAGCAUCUGUUCUUGAUUCCAUUAAGGAGACACCAGAACGAUUGGAAGCUGACCGACAGACUCAGGCGUUCCUCGGCAGUGUCAUGCAGAGUAUUCUGCCAGUGGUUUCUGUGGCCAACCUUCGCCUUGUAACCGGUCUCCUUGGAUUGCUGUUAGAUCGAACUAAUAUUGUCGCUGUGGCCCAAACAAGGCCCGGGCUUGCAUUGUUGACACUUUUCUUGAGCCGUGUCGAAGUCAUCAAGCAGACUAUUGCAUCUUCCCCAGACAUGGCAGAAGCCCCCACCAUUGAGGAGAGUCAACAGUGGCGAAUGAUAUUUGACCACCUGUUCCAACUCCUCGCACCGCAUUUCGUUUCUCUCUUCCCGUCUUCCCGGAUCAUCGACUCGGAUGCGGCCAACAAACCAGUGCCAAUAGACACAGUUGAUCAACCAGUCUGGCAGUUCCUUGCUGCCUUGGCUUUGCAUGGUGUCAUCGAACAGCACCACGUCCUGGUGGCAACCCUGCGCGAAAAAAUUCUUGAUAAUGUUAUGAGCGUGAAUAAGGGCUGGGUUCACGAUGAAGACGAGCGACAGACCAAGUUGGCGAACGUUAAUCUGUUUUUACACGCAGUCAACCUAGACAGUUCUCAAAUCGCUAUGUAA